AUGUCAUACACUAAAAGUCGAGACCAUCCAGAUGAUGAUUAUGAUCGAGAUUAUCAAUCAUCAAAACGUGCUCGUACAAGUCGUAUAGAUGAAAUUUCAUCUGAUUAUUCUCAACCUCGUUCACAUUCCAUAGCUGGAAUAAUAGAUGAAAAACCAAUUCGUAAUGGAAAUCCAGAUAUAGUUCCAUAUUAUGUUGCACCCAAAGCUUCAUCAGAUGCUGGAAGUGAUACAAAAAAACGUUCACGUUCAUAUGUUCGUCCAGUAAUUCGUUCAGCUGUACCAAAUUCUCAAAUACAAACCAUUGUUCAACGACCAUCAAAAGCUGGAAAUGUUGGUCAACGAACUGAACUUUAUACAAAUCAUUUUUCAAUAAAUUUUUCCAAACGAUCAAAUGAUGUUAUCUUAUAUCAAUUUGAUGUUGAUGUCGAAAUAUUAAUGCGUGAUGGUUCAUGGCGUUCAUGUAAAAAAGAUGAACGUUUUCAAGUUCUUAAAAAAAUAAUUAUGGAAGAAAAUUUUCCACUUGUUUGGUAUGAUGAAGGAAAAAAUUUAUAUUCAACGGAAAAUUUAACAUUAAAUUAUAAAAAAGAAUAUCAAUGUGAAUUAACUCAUCCAAAAACAGGACGAACAAAUAAAUUUCGUUUUCUAUUAAUUAAUCUUGUUAAAACUUAUGAAUUAAAUAGUAUAUUUGAUUUUACACAAAAAAAAAUUCUUGUAAGACCACAUGAUCCUGUUCGAAUACUUGAAACAUUAUUUAAACAAACACAAAGAGCAGAAAUGAUUACAAUUAAAAAUCAAUCAUAUCUUAAAACACAACGAUUAGAUGAUCUUGGUGAUGGACGUGGAUUAGCAUCAGGAUUUUAUCAAGCUAUUGUACUUGGUGAACGUGGUCCAACAUUAAAUAUUAAUAAUACAUUUACUUGUUUUUAUCAAAAUUAUAAUUUAGUUGAAUUUCUUUCUUGUUAUUUACAACAAGAUGUUCGAAAACAUGGUAUUCCAUCAAAAGAUCAACCAUUACUCGUUCGAAAAGUUUUAAAAGGCAUCUGGUUUAUAACAAGUCAUACAAAUAAAAUUCGAAAAUUUCGUUUAAAAUCUUUUGGUCGACCAGCAAAUGAACAUAAAUUUACUAAAAAAGAAGGUGAUCAAAUAACAGUUGCUGAUUAUUUUCGUGAUAAAUGGAAUAUAAAUUUACGUCAUCCAAAUUUACCUGUUGUCGAAUUAUUUAAUCCAGCUGAUAAAAAUCAAUCAAAUUUCUUACCAAUGGAAUUAGUUACUGUUGAUGAAUGGCAACGAAGUUUUAAACCAUUAACAACUGAUCAACGUGCUAAAGUAACAAAAAAAACUGUUGUUCGUCCUGGUGAACGUUAUGGAAUGAUUCGACGUGUUGCUGAUCAACGUGAAUUUAAUAAAGAUUCAUAUUUAGAAAAAUUUGGUAUUACUGUUGAUGUUAACGAAAUGUUAUUAGUACCAGCAAGAAUUUUACCACCACCUGAAAUUAAAUAUAAAUCAUCACGUGGUGAACAAAAUGAUGCUAUUGAACGUGUACAAAUUGGUAAAUGGUAUUUAAAUAAUCGAUUACAAAAAGCACGUGAAAUACGUACAUGGGCUGUUGUUCUUGUUAGUCAACGUGAACCAGAUAAUCGACAAAUACGUUUAGCAAGAGAUUUUGCUCAAAGACUUCCACAGGCUAUGUCAAAAUAUGGUCUACGACUUAGUUCACCACCAAUUGAAAAAUCUGAUGCUGCUGUACCACAAACAAUUUUAGCUCGUAUGAAUGAACUUAAAAUGCAAGGAUGUGAAGUUAUUAUUUAUAUACUUAAUCAAGUUGGUGAUGAUAUUUAUCAUGCUAUUAAAUUUUUUGGAAAUGUUAAACUUGGUAUGGUAACUCAAUGUACAAAAUUCGAAAAACUUAUGUCAAAUAGUGAUCCUCGUAAAAUGGAUAUGUAUAUUCAAAAUUUGGUACAAAAAUUCAAUGCAAAAUUAGGUGGUGUUAAUCAACUUGUUACAUUAAUGCGCGCAUUAACUUCACCAUCAGCUCGAUCUGAUACAUUUAUGUUUUUUGGUAUUGAUUGUACACAUGUACAAUGUUCACGUGAACGACCAUCGAUUGCUGCUAUUAUUGGUUCAAAAGAUUCAACAAGUACACAAUAUGCUGGUCGUGUUGUACAACAAUUUUCAGCAAAAGGAAAAAUAGCACUUGAAAUUAUUAAAGAUCUUCAUAUUUAUGUUGGCGAAUUAAUACGUGAAUUUUCUCUCCAUAAUUCACGUUUACCAAAUAAACUUGUUUUCUAUCGAGCUGGUGUUGAUGAUGGUUCAUUUCAAAAAGUACUUGAUAAUGAAUUACGAGCUAUUCAACGAGCAUGUACAGAAUUAUAUGGCCAUAAUCAAUUACCUCAAAUUUGUUUUGUUAUUGUUAAAAAACGUCAUAAUACUCGUUUUUUUACUUGGGAUAAACAGACUAAUCAAACAAAUAAUAUUCAACCAGGAACAGUAAUCGAUACCGAUAUUGUUUCACCGAAUGGUUUUGAUUUUUAUCUUAAUUCUCAUGCAGCUAUACAAGGUACGUCACGACCAAUGCUCUAUCAAGUUUUAUAUGAUGAAAUUGGUUUUACAUCUGAUGAUAUUCAACAAUUGACAUAUUAUUUAUGUCAUACUGAUGUUCGAUGUACAAAAGCUGUAUCUGUUCCAGCACCGAUACAUUAUGCAACACUUUGUGUAUCACGUGGCCUUAAUCUUGAUUAUGAAGGUCAAAUGGCUAAUGAACAACGAAGUAUUGCUGCUUCUGAUUUAGAAGAAGCUAUGUUAGAUGAAAACGUUGUCGUUACUUUAGAUGACGUUCAAACAAUAAAAAUGGAUUUUAAUCCACAAAUUGAAAAUACAAUGUGGUUUGCAUAA